AUGGUAAAAGAAAACCACACGGAGAAAUAUGUGAUGGUUAAAAGGGCCAAAACCGAGCAAACUCUAUCGAAAGGGAAAACUCAGGGAGGAAAUCGAACUAAUGCAGGAACGAUGAUAUCAACAGUGUACAGACCCCUCCAUGUGGGCAAGGAGGAUAUUCUAAUUGAACCAGAGGUAUUGCCUUCAUCGCCUUCGAGAAGGGCUGCGAUGGAAAUGAGCGGGAAGAAGAUUUAUGUUCAGCAGAGUAGAAGGCGAGGCGAUGGUAAGGCGGCGUUGCAUAAAUCGAUCAAGUGCGGUAUCAUCAUCAUCGUCGUUGAAGGCGGUAACGUUGAAAGAAUUCAGGAGCUCACACUUGGUGGGGUCGGAUGA